AUGAAGUCAACCAACGCCCUUUCGACUGCUCGGAGACCCUCUCCCGCCGGCUUGGACGACGAAACCAGCUUCAGUACUCUGAGAGAUCCUCGAACAGCCAGCACCUCCGACCUGUCUCAGUCGUCCGUAUCUCCGCAUCCAGAUUUGAGCAACGAGGUCGCCGCCCUUAGUGUGAAGCUCGUUCAGGCGAUCAACAACCAGACGACCCUCGAUGACUCGCUUGCGGCGACCCGACAGGAAUUGGAGAAGGCACAAGACAGAGUGCACGCACUCGAACUGGAAAAUCAAAAGUUUCGGGAUGACAUCGCCAACGACGUCUUGGUCAAGAGGAGAGAUGUGGAAUCGGAAAUCAUGUCUCUGAAGGCCGCCAUAGCAGAAGAGAGAGCCCAACGACUGCUCGUGGAGAAAGACAAAAAGAACAUUGAGCAGGAACUGGAGAACUUGACGGCUGCACUCUUCGAGGAAGCAAACAAGAUGGUCGCUGCGGCUAAGCACGAACGCGAGGCGGUAGAAAAGAAGAACGAGCAACUCCGUGCCCAGAUCAAGGAUACCGAAAUGCUCGUCGCAUCGCAGCAGGAACAGCUCUCGGAAUUGAAGGCGGUCAUCCAGGAACUGAAUGGUGCGCGGGAUGAAGUCGACACUCAUACGAACACGUCGACAGCUCCACCAUCGCCCGCCGCGGCGCUGCAAGGGAACGGCAACCGGGUCUUGGACACAUCAAACACCCCUUCCCCCGUGUCCCCAGGCUCCAGAGAUAUCUCUCCUGCCCCCGUCCACCAGCUUUUCCCAUUUGAUCAAGCCCGUGUGUCGGACGGAUGUACAAGCACGUCUAAACCGCCUAGCCGGGUCUCCAGCGGAUCGUACGCAGGUUUAAACGUGAUGGGUCUAGGCAGCCUGGCAGGCUAUCAUCACACCCCAAAUGGAUCAACAAGUUCGCUAUCUGCUGCUCACUCGCCUAAUGGUAGCCCCCAAUCCCCGGCUGCCCACAUUCCUUUGAAAGAGACACGAUUUUACAAGCGUGUCCUCGCCGAGGAUAUCGAACCAGCAUUGCGUUUGGACACGGCUCCCGCAAUCUCAUGGCUCACCCGUCGUUCCGUUUUAAGCAGCAUCUGUGACGGUGGUUUGAUAGUGGAGCCUAUGCCGGCCGUGGCGCGGCAAUAUGCAUUUCCUUGUUCUCUAUGUGGCGAGCGAAGAAAAGGCCCCGAAAACGAGCGGACGCAUCGGUUCCGAACCUCUGACAGUGAAAACGCUCAGCGGUAUGCGCUUUGCAUGUUGUGUUUGGAGAAGGUGCGGGCCUGCUGUGAAUUCACAGGCUACCUCAGAUUAAUCCUGGAUGGACACAUUCGUAUCGGCGACGUAGAGGAAGAGAGGGAGGCCUGGGAAGAGACGGUCCGCCUGAGGGAAAGAAUCUUCUGGGCAAGAAUUGGCGGAGGCGUCAUUCCAACCUUUCUUCAGACCGACAGCUCAAGAAAUCCAUCGUCAGUCGAUACCAGUCCACAGCAGCCACAACGUGCGGAAGAUGCCCCGUGUCAAGAUCAGCAGCCUGCUUCUGCGCCCAAUGGAGGUAGCGAACCUCGUCCUGAGGGGUCUUCUGCCACAGAUGAUCCGUUCGUUUCCGACGUCAAGAAGGUUUCCAUCGGCGGUACUGUUAUCACUGCGGUUAAGACAGAAGCAACUCAAACCGAAGAUGACGGCACCAAGGUCGCUUCUACGCAGACGGACGCGGAUGAGCGCAACGAUGUUGAUGUGGAGACGCAACAUCAGCAGAACAACUUGAGUGAUUCCCUUGCCACUACUACAUCCGCUGACCAGGAGCCCAAUUCUUCGGAAUUGGAGAAGGAGCCUCAGCCGCCAAUGACUCCGUUACGACGUGACUCGGAAGAAGCGGAGUCGAAAACAGAAGACUCCGUACCUGGUGCUUUUGCUCAAUAA